AUGAUGCUGAAAUCGGUUUUUUCCAAGUACGCUCGUGCUCGUGCUCGUGCUGUUGCCGGUGCUCGUACCGAGAGAAAUUUCUCCAGCAGACGCAGCGAGAGUCAAGGUCGGCGUUUCUCCUCCUCCAUCUCACAUUCUCCUCAAGACAUUUCUUUGGGGAAGCCUACUCUUUUUGCAGUGACCGUCUUCGGUGGUACAUUCGUCUACAUGAUAACAGAUAUUGUCAUGUACAACGUACACAACAGAAGACUUAAAACAAUCAGAGAGGAGUACAAGAAUCUCCGUGACAUUUCUAAGAAAGUAUCUGAGAAGCUUUUCGCAGAGGGAAAUAGACAACGUGUUGGAAACAUUCAAGAAAACUGA